AAAAAUAUGAAAGUAAGUGGCCUAAAGUUCAUUUGACAUAUCCUAACUUUACUCUAUUGAAUUAAAAAAAGAAAAAAAACAAAUUAACGGCUACGAUUCAAGGGAUAUUUUCCAGCCGAUAGCAGCCGUCGAUAUUAUUAUUCUUCAAGCCCUAAAACCCUAAUUUCUUACUCCUUUUCUAUAAGUCCGCUUCAAAUCAGUUUUUGCCUCAGCCGCUCGACAACGCCGCCGCUCUCGAAUUACCGGAAAAUCUUAAUCGUAGCACCGAUGGCUGAGAAGGGAGCACAAAUUGUUCCGGAGUCUGUUUUGAAGAAACAGAAGAGAGCCGAGGAAUGGGCCCUGGUCAAAAAGCAGGAGGUUGCAGCUCUCAAGGAAAAGAAGGCUGCAAACAGGAAGCUGAUCUUCAACAGAGCUAAGGACUAUGCAAAGGAGUACGCAGCGCAGGAGAGGGAGCUCAUUCAGUUGAAGCGUGAGGCGAGGUUGAAAGGAGGAUUCUAUGUUAACCCGGAAGCGAAGUUGUUGUUCAUCAUUCGCAUUCGUGGUAUCAAUGCAAUGCACCCAACAACAAAGAAGAUCUUGCAGCUGCUGCGUCUACGACAGAUUUUUAAUGGAGUGUUCCUAAAAGUUAACAAGGCAACGGUGAAUAUGCUGCACAGGGUUGAGCCAUACGUUACUUUUGGGUACCCAAACUUGAAGAGUGUGAGAGAAUUGAUAUACAAGAGGGGCUAUGGCAAGGUCAACAAGCAGCGCAUUGCUUUAACCGACAACUCGAUCAUCGAACAGACUCUUGGCAAACAUGGCAUCAUCUGCAUCGAAGAUCUUAUCCAUGAGAUCCUGACUGUUGGCCCUCACUUCAAGGAGGCUAACAACUUCCUCUGGCCAUUCCAACUAUCGGCACCCUUGGGUGGACUCCAGAGGAAGAGGAACCACUAUGUUGAAGGCGGAGAUGCUGGCAACCGUGAAGACUACAUCAAUGAGCUCAUUAGAAGAAUGAACUAGAUUUUUUAUAAGCAUUGAACUUUUGGGAAUUUUGAGGUCUUUUACAGUGUUCCAUUUGCUCACUUUAAUAGCUGCUUUCUCUUCCUAGUACAAUAUUGUUCUUGUUUUCCUGACAUUUUUGUGCUAAAACUUGCAUUGGAUCAUCUUGUUGCAAAUUUGUGCCUCUUAUUUCCUAUCAAA